AUGCGGCACGAUGUGGCCCUCGACACGAUUGAGCUGGCUUCCCUGCGGCACGACAGCGAUGCCUCUGUCUCAACGGAAAAUGGCGCUACGCGACGCAGGGACCGGCGCUGCGGCGGGAUCUGGGGCGUCGGCGGGUGGAAGAUGACGCUGUACCUGGGCUCGAUCACCUCGUUUACCGUGCUGGUCUUGAAUGUUGUCAUGGUGUGCUGGGCGAAUUUCCGCCGGUCCGACGAAGGCCACAGCGUCCUUUACUCUGGGGAUUGCGGGAGAGCAAAGGAGAUUGGAACGGGCGUUCACGUGCUGAUCAACGCGCUCAGUACGCUGCUGCUGAGUGCGAGUAAUUUUGCCAUGCAAUGCUUAAGCGCCCCAACGCGAAGCGAUGUCGACAAGGCCCAUGCGCGGAACAAGUGGCUGGACAUUGGGGUCCCCAGCGUGCGCAAUCUGUGGCGCAUUCCGCGCUCGAGAUUGGUGUUUUGGCUGUGUCUUGCUCUGACGUCUGUUCCGAUUCAUAUGUUCUACAACUCGACCGUGUACUCGACCAUCGCCGUCAAUGCCUACGACGUCUACCUGGCAAACUCUUCCUUCACCUCACUCACUGAAGCAGACGUGCAGAACGUCUGGGACUUCUCGACCCGCAAAUUUUUAUCGAUUCCAAGCGCGCCCCGUUUAGUGCAAAUGAUGGCUGAUCUCGAGAGGCUGUCGCCGGACGCGUGCAUUUCUGCGUACAAGACCACGUUCCAGUCCAAGUACGCAAGCGUGGUCCUCAUCAGCGACGCGUUCACGCCGCAGAACACGUCCGUCAUCAGAAUCUACAGCGUCGACGUCCCCAGCGCGGGGGAGGAUAGCGAGGACCCGUAUACAUGGACCUGCGAGCAAUAUUGGAGAUGGGAAUCCCGGGAUUCCUGCAAGACUGAUCCGGAUAAUUGGAUGGUCGACUUUCAUCAUAUCGAUUAUUGCGUUGCUGAGCGCACCCCCGAGAAAUGUACCCUGCAAUAUAGCCUCCCGCUGGCCAUCGUCGUUAUCUGUGUGAAUCUUGUCAAGGCGGUUAUUAUCUGUAUCACCCCGGUCUUCCUGAUGUCGAGGAUCACUGCCCGUGGUCACGUGACCCGGGUGCUUGGCGCUCCUGAAUAUCUUCAUGUUUUAUAG